AUGUUCGAGGCGAAGCUGCAAGCGGUUACCAGUAGCAAGAAGGAGAAGGAGAAGGAGACGGGUGCCGCCGCCCGCCGCAUGAUGAAGAUCAAAGGCAUGGAGCCCAAGGUGUUCAAGGCGAUGCUCCACUUCAUUUACACCGACGCACUGCCCCAGGAGGAGAAGGACGGCGACGACGGCGAUGGCGUGGAGAUGGCGCGGGGACUUCUCGCGGCGGCGCACAGGUACAAGCUGGAGAGGCUGAAGCUGAUGUGCGAGGAGGCGCUGUGCAGGCGCAUCGAUGUCGACACAGUGGCGGGCAUCUUGGUGGCCGCGAAGGAGCACCGGUGCCAGGCUCUCAAGGCUGCGUGCGUGGAAUUCAUGGCUCGCCCUGGGUGUAUGAAAGCUACCUGUCUCCCUCUUCUCGUCGAGCUUCUCGUCAAACAGUUGAUUUGA